AUGGAUUCCGCAGCAGAAGGGCAGCGCAACCCGUCAGGUACGGCACCAGAGCCGACUGCACAGUUCACCAGCAACCAGAUCAACUAUCCAGCGGAGAUGCCGACCUCCACUACUUCCGGCUUCGUUAGAGCGAGCAGCGCGUCCCGUGACGAGCCCAAUAAGACAAUCGACAUUAUGCCCUCUGAAAGUUCCUAUGCACCAUGA